AUGGCGUCGCUCGCCGCGUUCCGCCGUUCCUGGGGCCUGGUGGUGCUGAUGCUGUUCCUGCCGCUGUGCUUCGUCUCAGUCGGCACCGGCCGCGGUCGUGGCCGACGGGUGGCCUACCAAGCCCGUCACGCGGCGCCGGCAGAGCCCGAGCUUUCCUCCCCGGCCUGGGAGGAGAGCGCACAAGUCAUCUUGGACAUCGUCGAAGGUAGCACCAAGGAAGAUGCCCUGGAUUGGCUCCAAGCAGGCUAUGCCUGGACGGCCAAGAGCCGACGUUUCUGGCGGAAGCUGCGCGAAGAGCCGAGCCCACCGGAGCCGGAGGCGGUGCGGAGCAUUGCGCGCUGGUUGCAAGAAAAGGGCCUGGCGCAGAAAGCUUGGGUGCGGCGCUUCCCAGAAGUACUUGGCCUCAGCGUUGAGGAUCUAGAGGAGGGAAGAAGCACAGCGCCCAGCUACCUGAAGAGCGAGGACACCUACAACAAGGCCAUCAAGUCCAACCCAACGCUGCUCGGAAAGAACUACGACUGCCUCCAGGAGCACGAGAGCUGCCAAGGGCGCUGCUCGCGCUGUUGGAACACCUAA